AUGUCUCCAUCAAAACAAAAACGCGCUACCUGGUCAGAAGAUAGUUUGGCCGCGGCAGUUCGUGCGGUACGUAAUGGAAUGUCAACUUAUAAAGCAUCAGCACAAUAUGGUAUCCCGCGAAGAACUAUAAGAAACCAUGUCAAAAAUGGGAAGAUCACCAAAAGAUUAGGAAGACAGACUAUAUUCACUUCAGAUCAAGAAAAAGAUUUUAUAAAACGAAUAAUAAAGUUCUCGCAGCUGGGUAUACCUUUGACUCCGAAAAUGAUCAGAAUACAGGCGUUUGCUUUUUGUCAGAAAUUUAGUAUUCCUCAUAACUUUAACGAACAAUCAGGGCUUGCUGGAAAAGGAUGGUUGAGGAUGUUUUUAAAAAGAAACCCAGAGCUGGCCAAACGUAAGGCACAGUUUCGAAAUCCAGCCUGUGCCCAAAAAUUAAAUAAACCCAUUGUAUUCCACCAUUUUGAAGAAGUAAAAAAAACUUUACGAUGA